AUGAAGCUACUACAGUGGGCAGUGGCAGCCGCGGUGCCUCUUGCCGUUGCUAUUCCAGCACCCAAGCACGGCACCGAAGCUAUUGGCUCUGCGAAGGGACUGUUCGAUCGAUCAAUUCUCGUCGAGGGUUUCGAUGACGAGACUUCACUUACCCCAACCAAGGUCGGCUUCGAACCCACUUCAGCGGAUGAAAUGACGGCCCUUGUGAAGCGGAUCAAUUACCCCACCAUCGCCGUUGCGAUGAGUGGCACUAUCGGAAUUUUUCAUGUGGACUCGACUGCAGGUGGCAUGCAUGCCAAAGGUCUUCAAGAACACAUCGUCAAAUGCCUCUCGCAGGCGUGUCCCCCCUUCAUGUCGGGUGAAGGCGUAUGUGUGGCACACCCACCUGAAGCAUGUGUUCUGGACGCCUGGUCGUUCAAAGGCAAGAAGCGAACGAAAGGGAAAUUCACAAUCCAAACUCGAGAGAAUUACUUCCCACCGAAUCGCCCUGGGUUCCGUGAAGGUCUUAUCCAGGCUGUUGCCGUUGCCUACGCUGGCAUGAUCUCGGAUCCAAAGAAUUGCGUGGACAAAGAAGUUGAUUCCGUCAGGAAGAAUACGUUCUGCACUAUGUCUAACUUCAUCAAUGUCCUCGUUCGUGACUGGGGUAUUGACGGCUUCGAGCGCGCCUACCUUACCGUUGACAUACACUUCAGGGUUGAUGGCGAUAGCAAAGUACCUGCAGGGUUUGAUUGCAUUGCAGUCAAGAACGACGUCAUAAGCAGAAUCGACAAGGAAGCAGGCUCAUAUUUCCGCCAGGCCAUCGCCUCAGAUCAACUGGACAAGUCCUUCUCGUACAAGGCGCACUGUGUGGAUGGUGUGAUGCAAAUCCCACCUCUCGGAAGCAUUGAUAUUGCAAAUGUAACCUCGGAAUUCAGUCCAGCAAAUGUUACCGGCCAAGACAGUUUCAACACAUCGGAAUACCUUCAUACCCCGAGCACGGAUUUCACUGAAGCGACUGCAAUUGCAUUGCAGCCUCGGGGGAACGACCAAGCCUCCGUCGAUAUUCAAGUUGGUGUACAAAAGGUCCAUGUCGGGGACUUACAGAGUACUGAUUUGGCUUCGGACUUCUUCCAAUGCUUCGAAUACAGGUGUCCAUCAAAUAAAUGGGGAAACGUUUGCAACGAAUACAAGAAUCCGUGCUUCAUUGGGAAUGUUGGUCACCUUCGUGAAAAGGGCUUCCACAAGGACAGGCCUAUGCGUUUCUACUUCAUCCGUGGAGAGUGGCCAUUCGGGUAUAAUGGGAUUCGCGAAGCAUUGGGUGAGAUCGUUGCCAGCACACUCCGAGCCACAACCGAGGAUGUCAGGAAUUGCUACCGUUUUUCUCUAUAUGGGAAAGAAUACUUCUUCUGCAACACUAGUAAUUCAAUCGCAGUCAAAUUGGUCAACUUCGGUCCGGAAAGCAAAUUGACGGCUCGUCUGUACGUGGCUAUUGGCUUCGCUGAGCAGUACCCACUUGCCAAAUUUGAUUGUCAAGCCAGCCUCCCGCAGUCUCAAUGGUAUUCCGAGAAUCUCAAUCCAGGAGCUAUGUACUUCUUCAAAAGGGCCAUGCAAAGCAAACCCUCGUUGCGCUUCGCCUGCGUCGAUGAUCAGAGUAGCGCAUCACGAGUACCGAAACCCAAAGGAGACAGCCUUUGGGGCGGAUUUGAUACCGUGGAGGAGUUCCUAGCUUACCAUCGGGGGCAGGCAUAUAAAGACAGAGAUGGCCCUUGGGGUGGAUUUGGGUCAGAGGAGGAAUUCAUUGCUUUCCACAAGGCACAGGCAUAUGAUCCAUCAUUCUGGAAAGACUGA